AUGUACGGCAUGAACCAGGCGUAUAAUGCUGGCGGCGGCGACCCCAGCGCGCAGGUGCCGAACCACCUCCUCGCGCACGUCCAUCUGGUGUCGUCAUACCGAUUCCCCUCCCUGCCCCAGCUGCGACCGGAGCAGGCGGUCGAAUACCUCACCAAGGGACCGCAGAUAGUGCGCGACAGCUCGCCCGUCGCCUGGACCUUCUUCGCAUCGCCGCCGCAAGAUGGCACCGUCAUCCUCACAUGGCAGCCUCCGAGGAUGGCGACGCACUUUGCCUCUGACGGCAUGGUCUGGGCAGACCCCGAGCAGGCCUUUGACAUGCCCAUCCGCGGCUACACACUGCAGGUGUUGGUCCACAACACGGGCUACCACUAUCCCCACGAGCCGUUCGCCGUGCACUCCCGAUACCGAUACCGCCUCACUGCAGGGCCCGGCAGCUUCGACCCGAACCUGUGGCUGGUAUACUACAGGCCCGCGGACCAGCAACACAGACUCGCCGCCGGCCAGAUCCCCGUUCCACGCGAGACCCAGGCCACGCUGCAGAUGCGAGCCCAGCUCCAGGCCGCCGGACCGCUCAUGCGCAAAGAGUUUAUGCUGCACGAUGCAUCCAACUGGCCCAAGGUCGAGUUCGGACAGCAAGCAGCCAUGCGCCAACAACAGCAGCCCUACUACAACCCCAUGCAGCCCGGCCGGCCCUAUGCCGCGCAGCCACCGCCCGCCAAGCGCAUGCGUGGCCCCGCACCCGCACAAGCGCGCCCGCCGGUUGCUGGAGCAGCGCUGCCAGAUACUUCCCUGGAGGACGAGGAGAAUGCUACACAGGACGCCUUUGACUUUCUGACCCCCCGCGAGAUCAGCCUGUCGCGAUACAAGCAGCAUCACGAAUGGAUGGAGGAAAUCUUCUCCUCGCCAUACGCCGUCGGGAACAUUGCGCCGAUCGACCUUGGCCUGGGUCUUAUGGGCGAGCUCGCUCCUCUGACAGCCGGCAUCCUGGAUGUGCCAGGGGCUGAGACCCCGGACACUGCAAAGGACGGCUACAAGAUCAAAGACUACUACAAGAUGAACCCAGACCACCUCAAGGCCUUUGAGAAGCGAGUGGCCGAGUACACGAAGAACGAACAGGCCGAGAUCGACAAGAUGAAGGCCGACCAUGCGCGCAAAAUGGCACAACUGAAGCGCACACGAACCUACAUCAAGGCCGAGAGGAGGUUGCGGGACCUGUCACGCUUGCCAGCAAGUGAUGACGAAGGCCCGGACCCGUCAGAAGGUGUUGUUCAGGAUCUGGAGAAGUCAUUGAACGUCAAGUUUGAUGCCAAGAAGUCGGUGGUUUGUGUGGACAAGGGCGGGUUCAUCGAAAGGCAGCCAUCUCCGCCCCAGAAGACACAAACCAACGGCAACGGGACACAGCCGAGCUCCAACGGCGCCUCGAACGGUCCCAACAACGACGGAGCUUCAGACUUUGACAACACCGCGGCCAGCCUGCUCGACCAGUACGGCACUGGGUCUUUGGGAGGCACACCUGGAAACAUAUCGAUGCCGCACAUGUCCCAGCCCCCAAGUCAAUCGCAGUCAGCAGUCGGAACACCCAACCUGCUCUCGGGUAACCAGGCUCAGCAACAGACCUUCGAUCAGCAAACACCGCAUCUCGACGAUACCGGCGACGAUCUCCUGGAUCUGGAUGUUGAGAUGUCCGGUAUGACAAACGCAGACGACAAGGCCGGCAAUGACUGGGUUGUGGUGGACGAGCAAGCGAGCCACGCCCAGCAGUCGAGCAACAAUCCCCCACCGACCGCAAACAACAACACAACGAACGACCAAAACACACUGGGCCAGUCGUCGGUUGAUGUCGACGUGGGCAGCAUGUUCGACAGCGUUCCCGACUUCACCAACUUCACCGGAGACGAUUCUGCGGGUGAUGCCCUAGCAGACUUCGGACAGGACGACAGCAUGGGUCUGGGCGAUCUGGUGGACGAUUCGGCGUUUGGCGACGCUUUCCACGAGGAAAUGGGUGGCGACGUGGAUAAUUGA